CCGGCUGCCUUCUCAGCGCAGGUGGAGACGCGUGCAUGUGGGCGCUCCGCUCACUGCUGUGGUCUGUGGCCCGGCGCACCAUGUCGCAGGGACCCACCCGCCGCCAGCGUCCGCCCAAGGACCCGCUGCGACACCUGCGCACGCGGGAGAAGCGCGGCCCGUCAUGGGGACCUGGGGGCCCGAACACCGUGUACCUGCAGGUGGUGGCAGCCGGCGGUCGGGACGCGGGUGCUGCACUCUAUGUCUUCUCCGAGUACAAUCGGUAUCUCUUCAACUGUGGAGAAGGUGUCCAGCGACUCAUGCAGGAACACAAAUUGAAAGUUGCUCGCUUGGACAACAUAUUCCUGACACGAAUGCACUGGGCUAAUGUUGGGGGAUUGUGUGGAAUGAUUCUUACCUUAAAGGAAACCGGGCUUCCAAAGUGUGUACUUUCUGGACCUCCACAACUGAAAAAAUAUCUAGAAGCAAUCAAAAUUUUUUCUGGUCCAUUGAAAGGAAUAGAUCUGGCUGUGCGGCCCCAUUCUGCAUCAGAAUAUAAGGAUGAGACCAUGACAGUUCACCAGGUCCCCAUACACAGUGAACGGUGGUGUGGAGAGCACCAGCCAUCACAGAGCCCAGAAAGGCCUUUACCCAGACUCAGCCCAGAACAGUCUUCAGGCUCUGGAUCAAUUGAAAAUGAGCAACACCUUCCAGCCUGCACACCUUCCCAUUCACCUUGUUUUGAUCAAAUGUGUUUUUCCUCAGGUGUUAGCUGGAAAGGCAAUGGCAGGGACCCUUCCUUGGUGGUAGCAUUUGUCUGUAAGCUUCACUUGAAGAAAGGAAACUUCUUGGUGCUCAAAGCAAAGGAGCUGGGCCUCCCAGUUGGGACUGCUGCCAUCGCACCUAUCAUUGCUGCUGUCAAGGAUGGCAAGAGUAUCACUUAUGAAGGAAGAGAGAUUUUGCCUGAAGAGCUCUGUACUGCCCCGGAUCCUGGUCUUGCAUUUAUUGUGGUAGAAUGUCCAGAUGAAGGAUUUGUCCAGCCCAUCUGUGAGAAUGACAUCUUUAAGAGGUAUCAGGGAGAAGCUGACACCCCCGUGGCCCUGGUGGUCCAUAUAGCCCCAGAAUCUGUGCUUAUGGACAGCAGGUACCAGCAGUGGAUGGAAAGGUUUGGGCCUGACACCCAGCACCUGAUCCUGAAUGAGAACUGUGCAUCAGUCCACAACCUUCGUAGUCACAAGAUUCAAACGCAGCUCAAUCUCAUCCACCCUGGCAUCUUCCCCUCUCUCACCACUUUCCACAGUAAGGAGGAAGGCUCUGCCCUCAGUGUGCCCACGGUUCGAGGUGAAUGCCUCCUCAAGUACCAGCUCCGCCCCAGGAGAGAGUGGCAGAGGGACUCCAUUAUUACUUGCAAUCCUGAAGAAUUCAUAGCUGAGGCCCUGGAGCUCCCUAAUUUCCAGGAGAGUGUGCAGGAGUAUAGGAAGAGUGCACAGGACAUCCCAGCCCCAGCAGAGAAAAGAAGCAACUAUCCAGAAAUUAUCUUCCUUGGUACAGGGUCUGCCAUCCCAAUGAAGAUUCGAAAUGUCAGCUCCACACUUGUCAACAUCAGCCCUGAGAAGUCUCUGCUACUGGAUUGUGGUGAAGGCACAUUUGGGCAGCUGUGCCGUCAUUAUGGAGAACAAGUGGACCAGAUUCUGGGGAACCUUGUGGCCGUGUUUGUGUCCCACCUACAUGCAGACCACCAUACAGGCUUGCUGAACAUCCUGCUGCAGAGAGAGCGUGCCUUGGCAUCUCUGGGGAAGCCUUUUCUCCCUCUGCUGGUGGUGGCCCCCACCCAGCUCAGGCCUUGGCUGCACCAGUACCACAACCAGUGCCAGGAGGUUCUGCACCACAUCAGUAUGAUUCCUGCGAAGUGCCUUAGUCAAGGGGCCAAGGUCUCUGAUCCCGUGGUUGAAAGGCUGAUCAGAUCACUGUUAAAAACAUGUGACUUGGAAGAGUUUCAGACCUGCUUAGUCCGGCACUGCAAGCAUGCUUUUGGCUGUGCACUGGUGCACACGUCUGGCUGGAAAGUGGUCUAUUCAGGGGAUACCAUGCCCUGUGAGGCUCUGGUCCAGAUGGGGAAAGAUGCCACACUCCUGAUACAUGAAGCUACUCUGGAGGAUGGAUUAGAAGAGGAAGCCAUAGAAAAGACACACAGCACCACCUCCCAAGCUAUUGGUGUGGGGAUGCGGAUGAAUGCAGAGUUCAUCAUGCUGAACCACUUCAGCCAACGUUAUGCCAAGAUCCCCCUCUUCAGCCCCGACUUCAAUGAGAAAGUGGGAAUUGCCUUUGACCACAUGAAGGUCUGCUUUGGAGACUUUCCAACAGUGCCCAAGCUGAUUCCCCCACUGAAAGCCUUGUUUGCUGGUGACAUUGAGGAGAUGGAGGAGCGCAGGGAGAGGCGGGAGCUACGGCUGGUGCGAGCAGCUCUCCUCUCCCAGGAGCAAGCGGGCAGCCCAGAGGUCAGAGAGCCACAGCAGAAACGAGCUCACAUGGAUGGACCACAGAGCCCACAGAGCAAGAAGGUCAAAGCUCAGUAAAGGUCUACAGCUACCCUGAACUCAAGGCUGCUGUUUCCAUCUUCUGCCCUGCACAGUGCCCAUGUCUGCUCUCGUCAUCCUGGUGGGAGAUGAAUAGGACCAUCCAGCUAGGAGGCAACAACUUGGCACGAGAGUAUGGAGUCCUGCUGUGGCUUGGGCUCUGGGGUUAGUACCAGUCUGCCAGACACUGCCUAUGACUGGUGCCUGGCACAGACAGGGCUACUUAUUGCAAAACAGCAGGGGUGACUAUAAUUCCAGCACAAGUCAGUCAUUAAAGAUGUCACCUGGAAACAUGGGCAGCAUCCCUUGCCUCUUCAAGCACAGUUUCCUGUGCAUGUUGGAGAUAAGUUGAGCAGGGAACAUUGGGCUAAGUGUCCCAGACUCAAGGAUUAAUAUUUCCAAAGAAUCAGAUGCAAUAAAGCUGGAGUUUGGAAUCCUGAGUUUUUCACUUCAUCCUGGUGCUGCUUCAGAGCAGGGUCCUCUGUGUGCUGGUACUCUGCCCAGGAAGGCUCCAGUGGCGGCUGAGGCCUAUGGAGCCUGUUCCUAGGAGCCAGCACCUCUCAAUAGCCAAUUCCAAUUCCUGAUUCUUUUUGGUUUUGGAACUUGAAAUGGGCCAACCACCUGCAGUAGUGCUUUAUCACUUGAGCUGUGCCCCAGCCCAACAGCCGAAUCUUAACAGAUGCCCAGCAUGGCUAUGGCUUCAUGUAUUUAGUGACAGCUGGCCAGGGCAGGUGUCUAGGCACAAGCCUUCUCACUGUUGUAAAGUAAAGAUAAUUGAUUUGUCCUUGCUUAUCCUAUGAUAACAGAAUCAAUCUUUGCCCUUCAAAGUAUUGAGAAAUGCCACAUGGAGCUGGCUGUAUUUGCCCUCCUUGGUGGGAUUUGAAACUCAAGAGAAUGUUCAGAACUAAAUCUAGUAUUUAUAUAUUCUCCCUAGCCAGUAGUGAGCGCUAAGAACUCUUAAAAACAAGGGGAUGAGAGAGAUGAGAGCAAGGAUCGGCUUCCCUGGUGCUGUACACGGAAGGUUAUUAGUAACUGCCCCACAGCUGUAUUAGUAAUGUGAGACACACACCAAGCUCAGGGGGGUAGUAAAGCUAUUUUAAUAACAUUACUUUCAACAACAAUUUAUACAUGUAUUUAAAGAUAACCUUCAACCCCCCGCCCCACCACCACCCUGGGCUCUGAUACAAAUUGGGGAUUGAACUGCCCUUGCCAGGAACUGAGCAAAGCUGCAACAUCAAAACCACAAAUCCCACUCUCAGAGAGGGGUGACUUUACACUGUUGGGAAAAAUAACUAAGCAUUUAAAUUUUUCAUUGUACACCUGUACAUUGGUUUAGAUUGAAUGGCUCAAAUUAAACAAAUAUAGAUUUCAUAUAUACAAAUAUUAUAUCAUGUAUAGGUAUAUUAUAUCUAUUUUAAAAGGAUAAAACUUUAAACUUGGACUUUGCAUGCAUGGCCCAGGUCUCUUUCUCACUCCUUUGAUACUGAAGUGUGAAUAGGUGACUCCCUCCCCCCAAGGGUGGGUGGGACUUUGUGAGAAGGAUGAGCAGUGAAUGCUGGUGAGCAAAGCAGGCCACUCUGCAGGCUGGGUCCACUUUCCUCGACCUGCUUUGGGGAACAGAAUUAUUGCUAGUCAGCUGUAACCACUAGAAGGAAGAGGUGGGCUUCAGGCCCCCACACCUAGGUGUCGGGUGCCUGGAUGGGCAGAAUUGCUCUGACAGGUACUGUGUUUGGGGAGUGUGGGGAGCAACCUGAGGUCCUCCAGACAUGCUCAAGCCCCUCUUUUCAAUUCAGAAGUAUAAAAUAACAAGAAAAGGGGGCUUUCAGUCACACGGGAUGGGGGCGAUAAUAAAACUGCCAGGAAGUGAAUGUUUUCAGUCACUUACUUUGCAGGACUGUAAUUAAUGGAAUCCUAAAAGGUUUUCCAUGGGCCAGCCUUCCUGAGCUGCAGGCAAAGGUCAGUUUCCAGGAUUUGCAGUUCCAGCCUAGUCUAGCUGUGAAUGAAACCCUGCCAUCCCUAGUCCUGCUUCCCCUAUGUGGCUGUUACACUGAUGCUGCAGGACCUGACAUCAGGUAUCCCAGUCAAGGAACAGAUAACCCUUCCCUGCAUCUCCACCUUGCCAAGGAUCUGACAAGGCCUU